UUAUAAUGCAUCUUUUAAUCGAUCUCUCUGCUAUAAAUUUUCUUCUUGUUUUCUCUCAAAUAAUUCAUAAACAAGAAUAAAUAAUGGCAACAGUGAUCAAAAGUCUCUCGUCUCUCUUUUGCUUUCUCUCUCUCUUAGCUCUUCUCUUCUCUACAAGCCAAAUCAUAUCCCAACCUGAACACAUGCGCACCUUCUGCAGCCAAUUUUCCGACAACUUCACGCGAACCAGCUCUUACCGGACAAACCGCGAAACACUUCUCUCCUCUCUCCGUGACCGUUCCUCUCUAAGAACCUAUUCCAACGCCACAACGGGUCUUAGCCCCAACACAGUCCGUGGCAUGUUCCUCUGUAGAGGAGACAUCACGAGAAAUUCUUGUUCCGACUGUGUUCAAACCGCAACCCUAGAAAUUUCUAGAAACUGCACUUAUCAAAAAGAAGCGUUCAUAUUCUAUGAAGAGUGUAUGGUACGUUACUCGGAUACUUCCUUCUUCACCCUCGUAGAAGACAGACCUUACAUCAUUAGAUACUCUUUGAGUUCUGCUCCAAACACGGAUCGGUUCGGACAAACGCUUUCGGAUAAAAUGGAUGAGCUUAUCAUCAGAGCCUCUUCUUCAUCAUCGUCGUCAUCAUCAACACCAUAUUUCGUUGAGGAUCAAGAACGUGUCACACAAUUCGAGGGUUCAUAUGAUUUAGAUUCAAUUGUCCAGUGUAGUCCCGAUCUUGAUUCAGGAAACUGCACCGUAUGUCUGAAACUUGCGGUCCAAGAAAUCUUGGAUUGUUGCAGUCGGUCUCGUUGGGCUCAGAUCUUUACUCCUAAAUGUCUCUUGAGAUAUGAAGCUUCCGCUUUGACAUCACCGCCUCCACCGUCUCCGCCACCUCCGCCACCUUCUCCUCCAUCGCUAGUGCCGUCUCCGCCGCUUUUCACGCGGCCACAAAACAUACCGAGUUUUAGCGGGUCAACUUCUACUACAGUUAUAAGAGGAAAAGAAAUAUUUGGGAGAAUUUUUAUUGCGGUGAUGACAGCUUAUGUCUUUAGCACUUUUGGGUGUAUGAAUGUAAAGAUUGCUUUAUAGUACUCGUAUUUAGAAGUGCGAAGUGUAAUGUUCUUGUCUAUUAAGAUCCAAACCCACUAACGUUAUGUUAUUAUUUGUGCUUCAGUAUGUUUCCUGUUGAUUUCUGAUGUUUAAUUAUGAAUGGAUUUGUCAAAAAAAUAAUUGUAUGGAUUGAAAGAUAAAAGAAUUGAAGUUUCGUGUAUA